AUGGCCACGAACGGCACGUCCAAGCUGGACUGGACCAAGUUCUACAACAUCAUCGACGGAAAGCUCGAGUCGACGAGCAAGACGAGGAACAGCCCGAACCCAUCUACCCUCGAGGCCAACCCCGAGGUUCCUCUCUCAACACCCGAAGAUGUCGACAGAGCCGUGCAGGCCGCCAGGAAGGCUCAAGAUGCCUGGUCCGAAACACCGUACGAAGAGCGUCAACAGGCUCUCUUCAAGCUCGGUGAGGCUCUCGAGGCGCACGCCGAGGAGUUCGCGCUGAUGCUCACCAAGGAGCAGGGCAAGCCUUUCGAGAUCGGCGAGGCCGUCAAGCACUUCAAGGGAAUGACCAACCUGCCUUUCCCCGAAGAGGUUGUCGAUAACAACCCCGAUCGCCGCGUUCUCACGAGAUACGUCCCCUUGGGCGUCGCCGUCGGCAUCGUUCCCUGGAACUCAUGCGGCAAGAUUGCCCCUGCCCUCGUCACCGGAAAUGCCUUCAUCCUGAAGCCAUCUCCUUUCACACCCUACUGCGACCUCAAGCUCGUCGAGCUGGCGCAGCAAUUCUUUCCGCCCGGCAUUUUCCAGGCCCUCAGCGGUGACGACAACCUCGGCCCCUGGUUGACUUCCCACCCCGGUGUCGACAAGGUCAGCUUCACUGGCUCAACGGCAACCGGCAAGCGUGUGAUGGAGAGCUGCAGCAAGACCCUGAAGCGCGUCACUCUGGAGCUUGGUGGAAACGAUGCUGCCAUCGUCCUUCCUGAUGUCGACGUCAAGGCCGUAGCGCCCAAGAUUGCCAUGUUGGCUCUGUACAACUCUGGACAGGUUUGCAUCGCCAUCAAGCGCAUCUACAUCCACGAGGCCAUUUACGACGAGCUUGUUGCCGAAAUUGCCACCGCCAUCAAGAACUUGCCCGUCGGCGACGGACAGCAAGAGGGCACGAUGCUCGGCCCCGUCCAAAACCAGAUGCAGUUCGAGCGCGUCAAGGAGCUCCUCAAGGACAUUGAGGAGACGAAGCUCAAGGUCGCCGCGGGAUCCACCGCGCCCGCCUCCAACGGCAAGGGCUACUUCAUCACGCCCACAAUGAUUGACAACCCGCCUGACAACUCGAGGAUUGUCGUCGAGGAACCUUUCGGUCCCGUCUUCCCCGUCCUCAGGUGGAGCGACGAGAAGGAGGUUAUUCACCGCGCCAAUGACACCCUCAUGGGUCUCGGCGCUUCGGUCUGGUCGAAGGACGUCGAGAAGGCGCAGAGCGUCGCCAAGAAGCUCAAGGCCGGCAAUGUCUGGAUCAACACCCACUUGGAGCUGCAGUACGAUGCGCCAUUUGGCGGUCACAAGCAGAGCGGUAUCGGAUACGAGUACGGCGCUGGCGGUCUGAAGGCUUACUGCAACGUGCAGUCCAUGUUCAUCACAAAGGCAUGA